AUUUUGUAUUUAACUUCAGUAUUCGUCAGUCACAGUGCGAAUAAACAUGGCGGCGAUUGAAGUUGAGGUUCCUAAAGCGGAGUCCGCAAUGCGAACUCUGAAGUUGUCGGGGCACGUCGGGUUCGACAGCCUUCCAGAUCAGCUGGUGAAUAAGAGCGUGCAGAAUGGUUUCGUGUUCAACAUCCUAUGCAUUGGUGAGACUGGUCUUGGCAAAUCAACACUUAUGGAUUCAUUGUUCAACACCAACUUUGAGUCGUCCCCCAGCCCACACAACCUGCCCACAGUGAAACUGAAGGCACACACAUAUGAGCUGCAGGAAAGCAGCGUCAGAUUAAAGCUGACAAUUUGUGACACGGUGGGCUACGGUGAUCAAGUGAACAAGGAGGACAGCUUCAAGGCGGUGGUGGACUACAUAGAUGCACAGUUUGAGGCGUACCUGCAGGAGGAGUUGAAGAUCAAGCGUUCCCUGCCCACAUACCAUGAUAGUCGUCUACACGUCUGUCUGUACUUCAUCUGUCCAACAGGACAUGGCCUGAAGUCAAUCGACCUGGUGUGCAUGAAGAAGUUAGAUACGAAGGUUAACAUCAUACCUAUAAUUGCGAAGGCUGACACCAUCUCCAAGACGGAGCUCCAGAAGUUCAAGUCAAAGAUAAUGCACGAGCUGCAGGCGAACGGCGUGGAGAUCUACCAGUUCCCGGUGGACGACGAGUCCGUGUCGGAGGUGAACGGCGCCAUGAACUCGCACAUCCCCUUCGCCGUCGUCGGCAGCACCGACUUCGUGAAGCUAGGCAACAAGACCGUGCGCGCCCGCCAGUACCCCUGGGGCACCGUGCAAGUGGAGAACGAGUCUCACUGCGACUUCGUGAAGCUGCGCGAGAUGCUGAUCCGCACUAACAUGGAGGACAUGCGCGAGAAGACGCACGCGCGCCACUACGAGCUGUACCGGCGCCGCCGCCUGCAGCAGAUGGGCUUCAGCGACGUGGACGCCGACAACAAGCCCGUCUCCUUCCAGCAGACCUUCGAGCAGAAGCGCAGCGCCCACCUCGCCGAGCUGCAGCACAAGGAGGACGAGAUGCGCCAGAUGUUCGUGCAGCGCGUCAAGGAGAAGGAGGCUGAGCUCAAGGAGGCCGAGAAGGAGCUCCAUGCGAAAUUCGACAAGCUGAAGAAGGAUCACACAGAAGAGAAGAAGCGGCUCGAGGAGCUGCGUAAGAAGAUAGAGGACGAGACGAUCGAAUUCAACCGGCGCAAGCAGCAGAGCGCGCAGGCGCACCACACCCUCACCCUCGGCAAGAGCAAGAAGAAGUAGCCACAGCAACCUCUACCUGUCCGACGUGUCGCCGGUUGCUGCACUCUGAGGGUCUACCACCAAUAUUUGCGAUAUGCGUCUUUCUAACCUCAUCGACAAAACUUGUUGAUGAGGUUGUGUCGAUGACGUUAAGAAAAUUGUAAGAAUAUUCGUGCUAAGUUCUCUGAUCACUCACACGUCAAGAUUUAAAACAUUUUACAUCAAUAUUGCUUUAUGAUGUUGUAAGCAUAUAAAGCGAUUGUGGUGCACUUUGAAUAUGGCGGAACAUAUUGUAACUACCACUCUACAGACAACUUUCUUGGCUACAGCAGUCUCAUUCUAAAUAUAAUUGAACAUGAACCAUGAAAGUAAUUAAUAUUAUAAAAGUUGAAAUGAAAAAGAACAAAUUCUUUUAUAUAUGCAAUGUUUAUAUCUGAAUGCACUUUUGUAAAUCAUAAUUAUAUCUGACAAAUAAUGUCAUUGCUUAUUCAAUCAUUGAAAUAAUCAAUAUUGCACCAAAAUAUUAAUUUAUAUUUAGCAUUAAGAUAUGUUUUAAGCAACGAUAUCCAUUUCUACAAUAUUUAUUAAGAAUAAGGAAUUCCCCUCGACUUACUUAUACAAGUAUAUUUAAAUAUUUUGAAUCAUUCACUAAAAUACAUUUUAUCGAAUCAUUUGUAUUUUAAUUUGCGUUUUUAUGCAAUUUUUAACAUAAAUUUGUAACUUAUAAGACUUGAGAUUUGUUUUAACGACGUUCCCACAUCAUAGACAAAAUGUUUAUUCAAUAAAUUGUCUAGUAAUUAAUGUAUGGAUUAUGUAUUUCCUUGUCGGACCUAUUUUAAAUAUCUCAAUGUAAUCCCUACAAGUCAUUCCUUUUUUUUCUUUUAAAUGUUAAACAUAGUUGUCCUAUUGUUUUGUACAUGGUGGGGACGUCUCUAACUUGCCUAAGCUUUUAUAAUGUUUAUAUUAGUGUUUGUGUGUUACAAUAUUUGAUAUGAAUUAAACUAUUGCAUAUAUACAUAGUGUAUACAGGAGAGACAGACGGAUGCAGUUUAGCAACACUUGUUCUCUUUAAUUCACUAAUUAAAAUAUUUUUUUUAAACGACACAUUUUAGGAAUUUGUGCAAAAAUUUCUUGACGAAAUUGUAAAGUAAAUAAUAUGCCAAAUUAUUAGAUUUUAUUAUUAUAUAUUAAGUAAUUAGUUAGUUUUAAGUUACAACAGCAAUCAGCAAUGAUCAAGUUGAAAUGAAUUAUGAUCUGAACAGUAUUUAACGAUUCAUUCCUUUUUCUUUUCUUUUCUUUUCUUUUCUUUG